UCAGACACUGACUUUACCUCCUCUGAUAAAGUAGUUCUACGGUUUCAAAGUUCAGUUGUUGAGCAGAAGAGUUGCAACAACAACAAGAAGACUCUGUUGAAAAAUCAUGGCUCUGUACAGCCGAGUUUCAGGCUCUGUCGGUGUGAUUACUCUGCAGAAUCCUCCCGUCAAUGCACUGAGUGCUGCUGUGAGGCAAGGCAUUGUUGAUAUGAUGCACAGAGCCCUCAGAGAGCCAGAGGUGAAAUCUGUGGUAAUCUGUGGCCAGGAUGGGAAAUUCUGUGGAGGAGCAGACAUCAGAGAGUUUGGAGCUAAAAUGAGCGGCCCUCCUCUGGUGCCAAUGAUCCAUAUGAUCGAGGCAGCAGCCAAACCAGUGGUGGCAGCCAUCGAAGGGGUCGCUUUAGGCGGAGGCCUGGAGUUAGCGCUCAGUUGUCACUAUCGUAUCGCGCACUCUAAGGCCAGACUUGGACUUCCAGAAGUGACUUUGGGUCUGCUGCCGGGUGCAGGAGGAACUCAGCGUCUCCCGAGGCUCAUUGGUGUCCCGGCUGCCUUGGAGCUCAUCACUACUGGCCGCCAUGUGACUGCGGCGGAGGCUCUGCAGCUUGGAAUAGUUGAUGAGGUGACGGAUCAAAAUGCUGUCGAUGCAGCUGUGAAGUUUGCUCAAAGCGUUGAAGGUAAAUCUCUGGAUGCCCGUCGAAUCGGUACGUUUCCAUGCCCACGCCCCCCUGAUUUGGAUGCCGUCUUUGAAAAAGUGAUGAAAGAGGUGCGGCGGAGCGCCCGCGGAGCCAUAGCACCUGUUACCUGUGUCCAGGCAGUUCACGCUGCUGUCACUCUGCCCUACGCUAAGGGGAUGGAACGAGAGAGGGAGCUAUUUUCCACACUCUUCACCUCAGGCCAGGCCCGUGCUCUGCAGUACUACUUCUUUGCCCAGAGAGCUGUCAGCAGGUGGAGCACGCCCAGUGGUGCCCGCUGGGACACCAGCAAGCCCAGGCCUGUCCGUAAAGCCGCUGUUAUCGGGCUUGGCACCAUGGGACGAGGUAUAAGUGUGUCCCUGGCUCAGGCAGGGUUCUCUGUGGUUGCCGUGGAAACCCAGGAGAAGCAGCUGUUGGAGGCCAAGCAGGCAGUAUCUGGCAUGUUGGAGCGUGACGCCAAGAGGCGAGGGGCGCCCCUGGCACACGGUAAUAUCAAAUACAGCUGCAGCCUGAAGGCUGCAGCAGAUGUUGACCUCGUCAUCGAAGCUGUGUUUGAGGACAUGGCUCUGAAGAAAGCCAUUUUUAGGCAGCUGUCGGCCAUAUGCAAACCAGGAACAUUUCUGUGUUCAAACACCUCAGCGCUGGACAUAGACGAGCUGGCUUCUCAAACCCAGAGCCCAGAGCUGGUGGUUGGGAUGCAUUUCUUCGCUCCGGCUCAUGUCAUGAAGCUGCUGGAGGUGGUGUAUGGGCCACGUUCAUCUCCUGAAGCUGUGGCCACGGCCAUGCAGAUGGGGAAGAAAAUAGGAAAAGUGAGUGUUGCAGUUGGAAACUGUCGGGGCUUUGUAGGGAACCGAAUGCUGAAGCCUUAUUUGGAGCAAGCUUUCUUCUUGUUGGAAGAAGGAGCUACACCUGAGCAGGUGGAUCAGGUGCUGGAAGAGUUUGGGUUUCCUAUGGGUGUAUUCAAGGUGUCUGACCUCUCUGGGUUGGAUGUUGGGUGGAAAGUCAGGAAAGCAGAUGGUUUAGUUGUGCCUGACUCUACAGGAAAGUCUGCUAGAAUCCAGGGAGGUAGGAGGUACAGUCCUUUGGGAGACCUGCUCUGUGAGCAGGGAAGGUUUGGUCAGAAAACAGGCAGAGGGUGGUAUCAGUACGACAAACCUGGUGGUCGUGUGGCUAAAUCCGACCCUUGGCUGCACAGAUUUCUGGAGGAGUACAGAGCCCGGCAUGGCUUGGUAGCACGCCGCAUAGAUCAGCAGGAAGUGCUGGAGCGCUGCCUCUAUGCCUUGAUUAAUGAGGGCUUCCAAAUUCUCCAGGAUGGGAUAGCUGCAGGACCUGAAGACAUCGAUGUCAUCUAUGUGCUUGGGUAUGGCUGGCCCCGCCACCGCGGGGGUCCCAUGUUCUUCGCUGACAUGGUGGGCCUGGACAAAGUUUUGGACAGGCUGGAACGCUACCACCAGCUGCACCCUGAUGUUCCAGGCCUGAAGCCCUGCAGCCUGCUCAGAAAGCUGGCUGCCGGCGGCUGCCCACCGAUCCACAGAUGGAGGGAGGUCAUCCAGAAACCCCACAGCCAGCUUUAAACUUCAGCUCACCUUCAGUGUGUGAGCUAAUUCCUCUAAUCAGAAAUGCUAAUUAACCAAAUGAUUGUAAAUCUACUUUGCAUUUAGCUUUAAGAAACUGCAUUAAACUAAAUCAUAUUACGUAAAUUAUUUUCAUCAUCUUUAGGCCUUGUGUUGGUAAAUGUAAGGGUAGCAACUGUUUAAAGAGGGCACAGUCUAUACUUGUAAAAGCUGAUAAAAAAAAUUAUUACAUAUUUGUUUUUCCUUUUUUGUUGCAAUUGAUGUUUAAUAGCUUAAUGCCAUUUUAAUAUCA